AUGCCUGGAUUAAGUUUCGAUAACUACCAAAGAAACCAUUUCUUAACUACAAGAGGUUAUGGCCAGCCUACUGCCACAUCAACUGGUACCACCAUUGUAGGGUGUAAGUUCAAAGGAGGAGUGGUGAUCGCUGCAGAUACGAGAGCCACUGCUGGACCUAUUGUUGCUGAUAAGAAUUGUGAGAAGUUACAUAGAUUGGCACCCAAGAUCUGGUGUGCUGGUGCAGGUACUGCUGCUGACACCGAGAUGGUUACUCAAUUGAUCGCAUCCAACUUGGAGUUGCACUCCUUACACCAAAAUAGCCAACCCAGAGUGAUUACCGCAUUGACCAUGUUGAAACAGCACUUGUUCAAGUACCAAGGUCAUUUAGGUGCAUACUUAAUUGUGGCCGGUGUAGACCCUACAGGAGCUCACUUACUUUCUGUCCAAGCACAUGGUUCGACCGACAUUGGUCAGUACCAAUCCUUGGGUUCAGGUUCCCUUGCUGCCAUGGCAGUCUUGGAAAGCCACUGGGUUCCAGACAUGUCUAAGGAAGAUGCCAUGAAGUUGUGUGCAGAUGCAAUUGAACUGGGUAUUUGGAACGAUUUGGGUUCCGGUUCCAACGUGGACUUGUGUGUCAUGGAGGUUGGCAAGGAUGCCGAGUUAUACAGAAACCACUUGACUCCAAACGUCAGACUGGAAAAGGCAAGAUCUUAUAAGUUUGCUAGAGGAACAACUGCAGUCUUGAGGGAAAGUAUCAGAGAUAUCUUAGAUGUUGAAGAAACGGUAAUAACCUUUGGAUCAGCGUCUGUUGAUGCUAUGGAAGUAGAUGCAUAA